ACGUCUCUCCCGUUCCUUCCUACGGGUCCGGCGGCGCGGCUGGCGGGUGCGUCUGUGUGGUGGUGCGGAGGGUCCCGACCGAGUCGUGUCUGUCGUGUGUGCGCCGCCAGAACCCAUCGAUUUAACGGGAACACACAAAAUAAGAUGCAACGUCGUCCCGCCGUACGUCGCGCGUCCGGCCGUGUCGUGGUGGUGCCGACGACUGCACCGUGCGCGACCGCGAGCAGGAUAAUCGCCGGGCUUUAUUAAGGGGGACGUAAUGGGAAGAUGGUGAGGCAGCUCGGUUACCUCGGCCACUGGGAGCAGCAUGGGUUCGCAAACGCUGGAGAUCCUGCGGCAGGGCGUCUGGGCGAGCCUGACGGGCGGCUGGUUUUACGAUCCGCAUCUCGACGUUUUCUCCAACACGUUCCACCUCUACGUCUGGCUCUUCCUGCUCUGCCUGCCGUUCACGAUCUACCUGUAUUUCCCUCCUACGUUGUACGUCUGGCUGGCGUACUGCUCGUCGUUCGUCGCCGUGUUCGGCACGAUAAAGUGCGUGAAUCAUGCCCUGCACUCCGUUUACGACACGUCGGAAUGUCUGGAGGAACCCAAUCAAACCGUCAGCCAGCAGAAGUCGGAGGGCGAGAAGAAAUGGUCGUGCCAUAACAAAUCUCGGGAGCAGUCGGAUCAAGAUCAGACCGGACACGGCAUAGAGCUGCAAGUCUUGAAUGGUAAAACGGACACACCACCUGUAGAAUGUUCAUCACGUAAUUCGUUUAUUGAACCAAAUAUACAGAAUUCCGACGCAGAUAGCAUAACGUCUGAAUAUACUCGGGAUAAGGCUAGCUCGACCAUAGAUUUAAAGGUAGAGAUACAUAGGAAGAACAGCUCGGAAAGCUCGGAAGAGGCGCAGCAGCUUAGUAAACCGAUGGUAACCAGCAUUAACGUGCACGAAGCUGAAUUAGUUUCUGCACAAUAUCACGAGCCACGUUCUAAAAACAUUAUAAAUGAGUGGAAAUUGAAGCGGCAAAAGUGUGUGGUGAUAGCGGAGGAAGACCGGCCGGGAUCGCGUAAGUUGUGUCGGCACUCGUCCGAGGAGUCCAGAAAUCGGCAUUCGAAUCAAAGCAAUCUCGGUAAAACGGGAUCCGAGAGCCAGAUAAAGCAGAUCAGCUCGUUGGAAUUGACGAAUCACCGCCACAUCGGCGACGAUUACCCGUACUGGAUGUACAAUCGGAGCGUUCGCAGGCUCAACUCCAAUUCCAUACCGAAGGCACGUUUGACGAACGACCAUCCGCAGAGCUUAGAAAUCAUAUCAAAGAAGGGGGAUGCGGACAACAACAAGAUCUCGUCUCAUCCGCAAUCAUUAGAGAUUAUUACCAAGAAACCGCACCAGCAACUGAUACACCCGCAGAGUCUUGAGACAAUCGGCGCUACCAGUAAAAACAUAAGCACCGACGACAAUAACCUGCCUCUUCAUCCCCAGAGUCUCGAAACAAUAAAUACCAAAAAGGUCUUACCGCCAAACCCACUGAGGAGAAAUCAAAUGCAGCUCUUGCAUUAUCUUAGUUUCGGAUCCGAGAUAGUUUACCCGAUAGCGGAACAGAGCGACGAGCAGUUCGCCAAUGAGAGCUCAGAGGAAUUCAGCCUGUGCGAUUCUUACAGUCCGCUGCUCACGCGAAAAAACAUAAGUGACGCGAGCGCUACGUCUAAUCGGGACAGGAGUCUCAGCGCCGGCAGAUUUGAGGAAAGAUUCUCGAGAUUUAACGACGACAACGGAGUAGAUAAUAAUUCGGCAAAUUCUCGAGACGCUUUGCUAGAGGAGUCCAAAUCCAGAGGAGUGAAGAGAAGAUACAGCAAUGCCAAUCAGAGCAACCACGAGUUUUCGGAUGGCGAGAAGACCAAGGAGAGCAGGCGGGACAAAUCGAAAACUAUGGAGGAUCCGCUCAACUCGGGGAGCAUCGUCGGAAUAGACUGGUUGUUCGAGGAUUGCUCGGGGGAACCGUGGACAAGUAAGAUAUUUUGGACUUUCACUCGCUCUGAUGAUACGGAUACAUCAGAAAGCCUACAGACGGCUAGUACAGAUUAUCUUCAUUCUAAAGAGCCCGAUUCGGGAUCGUCCAGUACAACGACCCUUAGCAUCGAGAAUGAGGUGAAGCGAAAUUUGCUGCCGCAGCUGGAGGUGGACAGCACCACCAGCAAGCGUCACCAGGGAGCGAUCCCCAAGCAGAGCCGUCCAAAACCCAGCGCGUCGGACGCCGCGGACGACAGUAUCGUGCCGAGCGCCGAGCAGCCGCAGGAGAAUCUCAAGCGUUACAUCGAAGUGCGGCGGGAGCGCACCAGGAGGCGGGGGGACACCAAGUUCGAGCAGACGGGCGGUUCGAACAACGAGCUGAGCACGCUGCUGCCGAAUCCGGCGUCUCCGUUGCUGGCGGCGCUGCUGAACAACUCCGGCCGGGAUCUGCCCGGUCAGUCGAGCGCCGCCACGUCGUCCGACUUGCGGCUCAGUCGCAGCUCCGACAAGCGGAAUUUUCGGAGGUACGGGCGACUGAAACGGCCCAACAAGACCCACCGCGCCAGGUCGCGCCUCGCCAGUCGCGACGACAACAUCGUGCCGGUGACCGAGCUGUUCCACAUGAUCACGAGCGGCAAGUACCACCUGGCCCAGACUCCGAACGACACCUCGGAGGGCGCGGUGCACUACUUUCUCGACGAUAACGGCAAGUGGUGGGCGUACUCGUUCGAGAAAGGCCCAGACGUGGCCGCAGCCGCCGCCGCCGCCGCCGCGGCGGCGGUGACGACGGCGCAGAUGUCCGCGAAUCCGCACAACGAAAAGCUACUGAACACCGUGCUGCGCCAGCAGGUCAACCAGAACGCGCAUUACGACGCGACUUGGGAGGUCGCGGAGUCGCUGAGCAACAGCUACAGCAGUUUGUCGCUCAAUUCCGCCGGUCUCACAGUGAUAAUCGACACGCCACCGGUGCUGUCGAGCCCGGCGAGCAAUCAGACCAAGACGCAGAGCUCACCGCCGUCGAAUCUGGUCUCCUCGAACACGGGCAGCUCCAUUCAGUGCCCGCUCGGCGAGUUCUCGGAGCAGUUCAAUCAGGCGCUGAUGGCGCCCUUGAUAGAGGAUCGAAAUCGCAGGGCGAUACAGAAUCUGCUGAGUAAUUUGAAUCAGAUCAACGUGUAUCAUUCGGAAUCGGGCCGCUUGCCGGUGCUGACGUUGCCCGCGCAUCAGGAACCCGACAUAAACACCAGUCUGUCGUGGAAUCGCCUGGUCGACGCCCUGGACGGCUGCGAUUCCAAGGUCAAGCAGACCAGGCACUAUUACAAGUGGAAGAUCGGCAGGCUGCCGCACAUCAAAGUGCGCUUCGACCGCCUCGCCCUGCUGGCUCUGCUCGACCGCAACCUGUCCGUGUUCGAGACCGUUGUUUCCACGUUUCUGGCCGGCGCGGUCGCGGGACUGGGCCUCCUGCUGCUCCAACAGGGUUUCUACCGCGACAUCUUCGCGUUUAUAUUCUGCUUCGUGACGGCCGGCUGCCAGUACUCGUUGCUCAAGUCGGUCCAGCCCGACGCCGCGUCGCCCACGCACGGCUUCAAUCGCAUCAUAGUGUUCUCCAGGCCCGCGUACUACAUCAUAUGCUCAAGUCUCAUUCUGAUCUUCAACGAGACGCUUAGGAACUUUAAGUCGUCCGACUUUCGGGUGUACGGACUGCGCGUCGCCGACUACGAUCUCAUACUGCAAGUGCGAAACGUCCUACUGAUAUUCCUGCUCUGCUUUCCAAUCGUGUUCUCGUUGGGGCUCUUCCCGCAGAUCAACACGUUUCUCAUGUACGUCUGCGAGCACCUGGACAUUCAUCUGUUCGGCGGCAACGCGACCACCAGUCUGGUGUCGUCGGUGUACUGCCUGUGCCGCAGCGUCGUCGCGGUUCUCAUCCUCUACGGAUUCGCCUACGGCGCCCUGGUCGAGUCCAAAUCCACGCAGCACAUCCUAUUCUCCAUAUUCGUCGGUCUGCUCGUCGCGAUAUCCUACCAUCUGAGCCGAUCGUCGUCGGAUCCCACCGUGAUAUGGGACAUCCUGAAAACGAAUCUGUGGCCGCCGGAGAUAGGGGAGAGGUACACGGAGGAGAAGGAGGCGAAAAUCAUCGAGAACACGUCGUCGUCGCAGACGCCCGACAACGUGGUCGUGAGCCUCAAGGUGACCAAGAACAAAACGUCCGGCAAGAAGAGCAUGAAGAUCAAGGUGAGCGAGAAGAUGGCGGACACCGAGCUGGUGGACCCUCUGCCGGAGAAGUUGCGCUCGACGGUGAACUCCAGGCUGAAGAACGAUCUGAUUGUGUGCGCGGUGAUCGGCACCCUGUCCUUCGGGAUUCACCGCACGACGGUGUUCACCGCCCUGCAACCGGAGCUCAAUCCGGUGCUGUGGAGUAUCGUGAGCUGUCUGGGCUUCCUACUGCACUACAUCGUGCCGCAGCUGCGCAAGCAGCUGCCGUGGCUGUGCCUCUCGAGACCGGUGUUCCGCAGCCACGAGCACGCGCAGUUCGAGGUGCGCGAGCCGGUGAGGAUCAUGUGGUUCGAGAAGUUCUACGUGUACCUGUGCUUCCUCGAGCGGAACGUUCUCUAUCCGGUUGUCUUUCUGGGCGCGCUCACCGAGUGCUCGUCGAAGAUCGCCGACAAGUUCGGCGAGGGCGUGGGCGCGCUCAUCGUCGUCGUGUGCGGCCUCAAGUCCCUCAGGUCGGCGUACUCGGACCCGUCCACCCGCUACCUCGUCCUCGUCUUCGCGGUGCUCUUCUUCCAGCUCGACUUCGGCAACCUGAGCGAGACCUUCCUGGUGGAUUACUUCGUCACGGGGAUCGCGUUCGCCAAGAUCUACGAGCUGCUGCUCAAGAUCCGCUUCGUCGUCACCUACAUCGCGCCCUGGCAGAUCACCUGGGGCAGCGCGUUCCACGCGUUCGCCCAGCCCUUCUCCGUGCCGCACUCGGCGAUGCUCUUCCUCCAGGCCGGCAUCUCGGCGAUGCUCAGCACGCCCCUGAACCCGCUGCUGGGCAGCGCGAUCUUCAUCUCGUCCUACGUGCGACCCGUCAAGUUCUGGGAGAGGGACUACAAGACCAGAAGGAUGGACCACUCGAACACGCGCAUGUCCUCGCACCUGGAGCGCAACCUGGGCGCCGACGACAACAAUCUGAACUCGAUAUUCUACGAGCAACUCACGCGCUCCCUCCAGCACAGCUUGUUCGGCGAUCUCGCGAUGGGCCGAUGGGGAAACGUCGAGCAGGGCGAUUGCUUCCUGCUCGCGUCGGAUUACUUGAACUGCUUGGUGCACAUAGUCCAAUUAGGUAACGGACUGGUGACGUUCCAGUUGAGAGGUCUCGAAUUUCGUGGAACGUAUUGCCAGCAAAGAGAGGUGGAAGCGAUCUCAGAAGGUAUCGAGGAUAACGACAAUUGCUGCUGCUGCGAAAUGGGCCAUCUGUCGAAUGUACUUAGCGUGAACGCGGCCUUCAGCCAACGCUGGCUCGCCUGGGAAGUCGCGAGCGCCAAAUACGUCCUCGAGGGCUACUCGAUCUCCGACAACUCGGCGGGCUCUAUGCUGCAGGUGUUCGAGUUUCGCAAAGUACUAGUUACUUACUACGUCAAGAGUAUCGUCUUUUACGCCGUGAAGUCGCCCAAGUUGAAGCAGUGGCUGGAGGAUCCGGAGCUCGUCGACCGGCUGAAGCCAACGCUCGACAAGAACUUCGUCGACCUCGAUCCCAUGUUCAACGUGAAAAUCGACGAGGACUUCGACUUCCGAGCGAGCGGCAUCACGCGGAGUAACUUCUGCAAUGUUUACCUCGAAUGGAUACAAUAUUGCGCCGGUAAACAGGAUAAGUCAUUGGAUGUAACACGCGAUUCGUUUCUCGUGUCUCUGUGCCUCUCGUUGAGUCUGCUGGGAAGACGCAUGUUAGGUGCUGCUUCUCACAACACAUUAUCGAACGUGGAGUUUUUUCUCUACGGCUUGCACGCGUUGUUUAAAGGAGACUUCCGGAUAACAUCGGUUCGCGACGAAUGGGUGCUGCUCGAUGUCGACCUCCUGCGCAUCGUAGUCGCAAAGGGAAUAAGAAUGGCCCUGAAGCUGCACCAGGACCACUUCAUGAGUCCAGAACAAUACGUCGAGUCAGCGGCACUCUUCGAGGCCAUCGACAAUCACGAUCAGAAUCUCGUCAUCAGUCACGAGGCGGAUCCGCUUUGGAGAAACGCUGUGCUAAGCGGCGCACCCAGUCUACUGGCGCUUAGACACGUGCUUGAUGACGGCAUCGACGAGUACAAGGUGAUAAUGCUCAACAAGCGUUACUUGAGCUUCCGCGUGAUCAAAAUGAAUCGCGAAUGCGUCCGUGGACUCUGGGCCGGCCAGCAGCAGGAGCUGGUGUACCUGAGAAACAGAAAUCCGGAGCGCGGCUCGAUACAGAACGCCAAGCAGGCUCUGAGGAACAUAAUCAACAGUUCCUGCGAUCAGCCGAUCGGAUAUCCGAUUUACGUCUCGCCUCUGACAACCAGCUACGCCGAGACUAACGAACACUUCUGCUCUAUAAUCGGAGGACCAUUGACUUUCGGCACCAUAAAGAGUACUGUGUUAAAAUUAUGGAGAAGAAUAAGAAGAAGAUGUGGCCAAGGUUGUUCCUCGGGCGGCACUGGCUCGCAAGACGACGGAGGCUUCGGAAAUGACGGAGUGUACGCGAUGACCACAUAUAACAUACAUUCUGGCUACGCUCAAUCGGGUCACAACACUUCUGGCUCUCAGUCAAUGGAGUCUGGCUGUCAAAUCGGCGGUUCGACCGGUCGGGGUUCCCUCGGUCGUGCUAACACGGGCUCUCUCGGUGGUAACAGAGGCUCGCUAGCUUCCGUCGGGAAGCCAACCAGUUCGACACUCGCCAGUUUGGCCGGACUGCUCAGUAGUAAUGAUAUUAAAAUGGAAACGAAGAGCGAGACGAGCUUCUCCAGCAAGCUCGAGAAAGAGGAGGUUUAUCAACGAGUUCGCAUUAUGGACCCCAAUCAAGUAUACGACGCUAUCAAUUUGGGCCGACGUAUAGACGUGAUUUGGCCGGACGAAAGGAUGCGACAGCAAGGCGGUCGUUCCGGCUGGCAACAUUGGGUACCGGAGAGAGGCAUGGAGGGUUGCGUGGUUCACCGCUGGUCACCGAACCACCGCGAUCCGAAUCGGCGGUCGCACGUCGACAAGGUCAUCCUGCUCGUGAAGAUCGAGGACAAGUACGUGCCGAUAGCCGAGCAAGGCGUGCGCGAUCUGGGAGCGGAGGUUUAGCACAUCUCUGGCACGGACGUGACAACGCACGACCGUCGUUUUUGCACGCUCAUUCUGCCGACUUGUAGACUUGCGGUGGCGCGUCAACCCAGCAGCCCGCCGGCGGCGGCGGCGGGUUUGACUCUCGCUCUCGAGGGUGCCCGGUACCAAUAAGACCGCGAAAGCGCGGAAAUUUAAUCUCUAAACGCAAACAAAUGUAUCAUACUGAUGUUGAGAACGCUAGUUACCUACUUCCACGAAGUCAAUACUCGCCAUUAGAUCGUAAAUCGAGGGACUCGGAUCAACGACAUGCUCGAUCACGACGUGAUACCCUUAACUUAUAUCUCGAUCGGCAAGUUUCAAUGCGGUUACAGUCGCAACGCUCAGGCCCGGAUUCCACAAGUAUAAAAUUAAUUUCAAACUCGGUUUAACUUACUGUUUAUCUCUAAUUCUAAUUCUUAGAUUAGAAAAAGACAAAAGCGAGUUGAAUUUCGUUUAAAUCGAGUUAAUCGUGAAUUGUAAAACCGGCCUUGGCGUCUCUUGUUUCUCCUUCUUUUUUUUCGGGAGAAUAUCGGGGAGUCCGCGAUACUUUUCACUUGCUUCACCGUAGGAUUGCUGUCUCCCCCCCCGCGAAACUUCCUCCGUGUCUCGGCAUGUUGUCGCCGCAAACCCUUACGAUUACGUCUCAUUUUUGUUGAUAUUGUACUUAGAAGUUUUGCAGAAUAACGGUUCGAUGAUAUUCCUCGUGAUUUAACGUCCCGUUCUUUCCAUCUUUGAAUCGUCAUUGAAUCACGAAAGUUUCGCCAAUCGGACAUUUCGACGCGAAACGCAGACAUAUUGCAAGAGAGUUGACACACUGUACAGAAAGAGGAAACAGAUAGAUAUAUAUAUAUAUAUAAAUAGAUAUAUAAGAAUAUUUUGUCACCUUGUAAGUAUCACAGAUAUACAUAUAUUGUUAUUUCUCGCGAGUUGCAUGAGAAUAUAAAAAAAAAAACCGCCAAUCGCCAAGUUAUUCAAUGCAAAUCGAAUUGUGUAUCAUGUUGUACCAUAUAUACUGUAUAUUAUAAUAUGUAUUAGUUCAUUUUAACGGAACGGAGCAGAUGUUACUUGUUGCCCGAUAUAUCUAGAUCUAUUUACUGUCGGUUAAUAGAGAAAAGGGUAGCGUUUCCGGGCGCGUUUCUCUUCCACUAAUCUAAUAAUGUAAAUGCGUCGAGAUAAUUGCUAAUUAUAAUGUAAAUGCGGUAUAUAUAUAUAUAUUUUUUGGCGGUUAAUGAAAAAGGGAUAAAACGAAUCCGCAAAGUG